AUGUCCUCUCCAUUUCUCCACCCCGGCUCCUCGCCAGUGGAUGGAGCCACUUUGAACGAGGUGGAAACUCAGCCUUCCAGUCGCGACGAAACCGAAGCACAUGUCGACGUCGACAGGGCCGAGCAGGAAUUCAAUGCCCUCUCACGGCAACUGACGAUUCGCUCUGAAGGCGAUGGCGAGAACAACAAAUGGAAGACCGCAUCAGCGAAGGACCUUGAAAAAGGUGUGAGCGCGAUCACCGAAGAAUCUAGGUUUGACCUACGUGAAUACUUGACCUCUUCCAAUGACGCCAACCAAAAUGCCGGAAUAAAACACAAACACGUCGGUGUUACAUGGGAAGACCUUCAGGUUGACGUUAUCGGCGGCAUCGAUAGCAAGAUAUACGUGGGGACUUUCGGAGGUGCAAUCGUCUCUUUCUUUCUCACACCUUUUCUAUGGAUAUGGUCUCUCUUUGCCCCGUUUUUCCCUUCAAAGAAAUUACCAAUCCGUCCCAUUCUUCACAAGUCCUCGGGUGUCAUGAAACCCGGUGAAAUGUGUCUGGUUCUCGGUUGUCCUGGUUCUGGUUGCACUACGUUCCUCAAAAUUAUCGCCAAUCGUCGAGAAGAGUAUGCAAAUGUCUCAGGGGAAGUUCUUUACGCAGGCAUGUCUUCCCAGGAAAUGGGUAAAUACUACAAAGGGGAAGUCGUAUACAAUGAAGAAGAUGAUCGUCACAUCGCAACCUUAACUGUUGCUCAGACCCUUUCCUUUGCACUGUCUACCAAGACCCCUGGUCCCAAUGGCCGUCUGCCUGGUGUGACACGUAAAGAGUUCGACCAAGAAGUCCAAGACACUCUCCUCCGAAUGCUGAACAUUUCUCACACCAAACAGACUUUGGUCGGAGAUGAGUUCGUACGUGGUGUAUCUGGAGGUGAACGUAAACGAGUCAGUAUCGCGGAAAUGAUGGCAACUCGUGCCCGAGUCCAGUCCUGGGACAACUCCACUCGUGGCUUGGAUGCUUCAACUGCUCUUGACUUCUCGAAAAGCUUACGGAUCAUGACCGAUGUUUUGGGGCAAACCACGUUUGUCUCUCUCUAUCAAGCUGGUGAAGGCAUCUACAACCUCUUCGACAAGGUUUUGGUGCUAGAUCAAGGACGACAGGUGUUCUUUGGUCCCCCAGCUGAAGCCCGCGCUUAUUUCGAAGGCCUUGGGUACAAGCCUCUUCCCCGACAAAGCACUCCAGAUUACCUCACGGGCUGUACGGAUCCCAACGAGCGCCAGUUCGCGACUGGACGCUCAGCGCGUGACGUUCCGUCAACUCCAGAAGCUUUGGAGGCUGCUUUUCGCUCUUCCAUUUACGGUCAAGCCCUCGAUGAGUCCUUGUGGAAAUACAAGUUGUACCAAGAAACGGAGAAAGCAGACCAGGAAGCUUUUCGUACUGCUGUGAUGGCGGAUAAAAAGAAGGGCGUGUCGAAGAAGAGCCCUUACACUCUCGGUAUGCUUGGACAGGUUCGUGCGUUGGCAGUUAGGUCAUUCCAGAUGAGGAUGCAAGACAAGUUUCAACUGAUCACUAGCAUGUCAUUAUCGACAAUUUUGGCCCUUGUGAUUGGUGGAGCCUACUGGAAUCAACAACUGACUGCAGCUGGCGCGUUUACUCGCGGCGGUCUGAUCUUCGCGGCUUUGCUGACGACAUGCCUUGACGCUUUUGGUGAAUUGCCCAUGCAAAUGCUAGGAAGACCCAUCCUCCGGAAGCAGACAAGCUACAGCAUGUACCGACCUUCGGCGACCGCGUUGGCCAAUACCAUUGCCGACCUCCCUUUCUCCGCCGUUCGGGUGCUGAUCUUCAACAUAAUCGUCUAUUUCAUGACAAAUCUCGAUCGUUCGGCGGGCGCAUUCUUCACGUUCCACCUCUUCAACUAUGUAGCCUACUUGAGUAUGCAAGGGUUCUUUAGGACGUUCGGGCUGUUAUGCCAAAAUUUCGAUGUUGCGUUCCGCCUGGGAACAUUCUUCAUCCCCAAUUUCGUCGAAUAUUGUGGGUACAUGCUUCCUGUAACAAGCAUGAAACGAUGGUUGUUCUGGAUCUACUACAUCAACCCGAUUUCAUAUGCAUGGCAAGGCUGUAUCGAGAACGAAUUCAUGCGUCUCAACCUUCUAUGCAAUGGAGAUUAUGUCGUUCCUAGAAAUGGGCCCGGAAUGACGAAGUAUCCCACUGAACUUGGUCCUAAUCAGGUUUGCACCAUCUUCGGAGGUGUUAGCGGGAGCGACUUCGUUCGCGGAAAGGAUUAUAUCAGUGUUGGGUAUGGUCUCGAUUCCAAGGAUAUAUGGAGGCGUUGUCUUCUUGUCCUCAUAGGGUUUAUGAUCGCGUUUCAGAUAACCCAAGUUAUUGCGUUGGAGUACUUCCCCCAAUACAAUGUUAGCUUGUCGGUCAACAUCUUUGCCAAAGAGGACGAAGAGACUAAGAGGCUUAAUGCUGCUCUUCGUGAGAAGAAAGUCGCCCAGGGCAAGGCUAAGGAGAUCGGCAGUAAGGAAUCUGACCCAGAACAAAACAAGAAGCCGGAGACUACGUAUAAGACAUUCACUUGGGAGAAACUCAACUAUGUGGUCCCUGUUCCCGGCGGCUCGCGCCGUCUAUUGCACGAUGUGUACGGCUAUGUUAAGCCAGGGACUUUGACAGCACUUAUGGGUGCGUCAGGCGCCGGAAAAACUACAUGUUUGGAUGUCCUUGCUCAAAGAAAGAAUAUUGGUGUCAUCACUGGAGACGUUUUAGUCGAUGGACGUCCUCUUACUUCUGAUUUUGCCCGAGGUACCGCGUAUGCCGAACAAAUGGAUGUCCACGAGGGUACCGCGACUGUCCGUGAGGCCAUGCGCUUCUCCGCAUACCUGCGUCAACCCGCUGAAGUACCCGAAUCCGAAAAGGACGCAUACGUCGAAGAGAUCAUCGAGCUUCUGGAGCUCCAAGAUCUCUCCGAAGCUCUGGUGUUCAGUCUCGGCGUCGAAGCACGCAAGCGGCUCACCAUCGGUGUAGAACUGGCUAGUAAACCCGAGCUCCUCCUUUUCCUGGAUGAACCAACGUCUGGUUUGGAUGCCCAAAGUGCUUGGAAUCUGGUUCGGUUCCUCCGUAAACUCGCUGACCAGGGCCAGGCCAUUCUUUGUACCAUCCAUCAGCCGUCCUCGCUUCUCUUUGAGAGCUUCGAUCGUUUGUUGCUUCUCCAGAGCGGAGGCGAGACUGUUUACUUUGGCGAUAUCGGAGCGGAUUCGCAUAUCAUUCGAAGCUACUUUGCUCGUCACGGCGCCCUUUGCCCUGCCAAUGUCAACCCGGCCGAGUUCAUGCUGGACGCUAUAGGUGCAGGCGUUAGCCCCAGGAUUGGUGAUCGUGAUUGGAACGAUGUAUGGUUGGGUUCGCAGGAGUAUCAAAAUGUCCGCGCUGAGAUCGAUGCAAUUAAAACCAAGGCCCUCGCUAUCCCGGAGACCGACCAGAAGAUGCUUAGCACUUACGCGACAUCUUUCUUUUACCAAUUGCGCUUGGUCGUCAAGAGGAACAACAUGGCACUUUGGAGAUCCCCGGAUUAUAUUUUUACCCGCCUUUUCGUGGUUACCUUCAUUUCGCUUUUCGUUUCUUUGUCAUUCUUGCAAUUAGGCAACAGCGUUCGAGACCUGCAAUUCCGUAUUUUCUGCAUUUUCUGGGUUCCUAUCCUUCCUGCCAUUGUCAUGGCUCAGAUAGAACCCCUAUUCAUCGCAAACCGAAGGAUAUUCAUCAGGGAGUCCUCUAGCCGCAUAUACUCUCCCUAUGUCUUUGCGAUAGGUCAAUUGAUCGGCGAGCUUCCGUAUAAUAUUUUGUGUGGUAUCGUCUACUGGGUGCUCAUGGUCUACCCCACGGGUUUCGGAAACGGCAGCGCCGGAAUCAACGGGACUGGCUUCCAACUCUUGGUGAUCCUGUUCUUCCUGGCCUUUGGUGUCUCGUUGGGGCAACUAGUUGCGGCGAUUUCCCCCAGUGUACAGGUUGCGGUGCUGUUCAAUCCUUUCAUUACGUUGGUCCUGAUGACGUUCUGUGGUGUCACUAUCCCGUACCCCACGAUGAUCAACUUCUGGAGGAGCUGGAUGUAUUAUAUCAGCCCUUAUACGUGGAGUAUCUCUGCUAUGGUUGCUACUGAGCUCCAUGGUCUUGUUAUCCGGUGCAAGAGUGAUGAAUUCUCGGUGUUCCAACCCCCUUCAGGCGAGACCUGUUUCUCUUGGGCCGAUGACUUUGUACAAGCGUUUGGUGGGUACCUCGAUAACCCCAACUCUACGGGUUCCUGUCGCUAUUGCCAAUACUCUAUCGGUGACGAUUACUAUACACCUCUCAAUAUGAACUACUCGGACAGGUGGAGGAACGUUUUCAUUCUGUUUGCCUUCUUCGUGUUCAAUGUUUUGGCUACAAUAGUUGCAUCACGUUUCUUACGAUACGCAAAGCGCUAA